GAGAGGCGCACGGCGCGGCAACUGGGCAGAGCCGCCUUCGCUCGUUCCCUUUUGUCCAAGAUGGCAGCUGCCGCCGGAGGCGCCUCUUGAAUCGCGGGCCCCGAAGCCAUGAAGCGGGCGACCGAGCGGGAUUCCAGCCCGGGCGGGUCCGGGGGGACACGUGGCGCCUCCUCCACCAAAAGGCCUCGAGAGCGCGAGAGCAGCGCCAGCGGUGGCGGAGGAGGGAGCGGCGGCGGCGGCAGCAGCCGGCGGGGCCCACACCGGAGUUCGGCCGCCUCCACCUCGUCAUCCGCUUCCACCUCCGCCUCGUCGCGCAGCAGCCGGGACAAGCCUGCAGCUGGCGGUUCCAGCUCGCGGAGCCAUCGCGGGGAGGAGCGGCCGGGAGGCGGAGGCGAUUCGAACCACCGCGCAGCCUCCUCCAGCGCCAGGAACAGCAGCAGCCAAACCGCCGCCGCGGCCCCUGCCGUCCCGCCUACCCUGUCCUCAUCCUCGUCUUCUCGGGCGCUGGGGCUCGCCAAGAGCAAAGUGACCGCUGCAGCGGUGGUUGCCCCUUCCUUGCUUCUGGGUGGACCUCCACCCGUGGCAGCCCCAUCGCUCCUCUUGGCCCCUGGCCUUGGCUUGCCCGCUGGGGUGACUCUGGCAGGUGAGCCUCCUGGCUCCAGCGACUACAAGACUCUACUAGUGAGUGGCCUGGGCCCAGCCUUACCUGAUCAGCUGCUGGAGGAUGGCCUCUUUCGCCAAUUUCAGAGAUUUGCUAGCGGCGGUGCCAGCGACAUUAGCGUCAAGCUGUCCCACACACCUGAACUUGGCCGUGUUGCUUACGUUAACUUCAGGCACCCGGCAGAUGCCCGUGACGCUCGUCGGCAUGCCAGAGCCCGGCAGCUUCUCCUUUAUGAUCGGCCUCUGAAGGUGGAGCCUGUGUACCUGCGAGGAGGUCGCCGGAGCCGUACUCCUCCACCUACCCCCUCUCCUGAACCCUUGGCAUUUCUCCCUCCUAUCCAUGGUGUUUAUCCAUAUAAACAGAGAUCGCUGUCUCCUGUUGCCAGUCCUUUGCUGAGAGAGCCUAGACCUCGACACGCUCAAGCUGCAGCAGCAGCAUUUGCCUUGGAAGCUGUUGCCUUGGGACUUUCUCGAGAAAGGGAGAGGGUGCUGGAUUACUAUGGGUUAUAUGAUGAACGGGGCCGUCCUUACAGCUAUCCCUUAGUGGCUGAGGAGGAUUUAAUGCCAGAAGAUGAUCAGAGAGCAACCCGGAAUCUCUUCAUUGGCAAUCUUGAUCACAAUGUCUCUGAGGUGGAACUCAGGCGUGCCUUUGAAAAAUAUGGUAUCAUUGAGGAAGUGGUGAUCAAGAGGCCUGCACGGGGUCAAGGUGGAGCCUAUGCCUUCCUUAAAUUCCAAAAUCUGGACAUGGCACAUCGGGCCAAGGUUGCCAUGUCCGGGCGGGUUGUUGGCAGAAACCCUAUCAAAAUUGGCUAUGGGAAAGCCAACCCGACUACCCGACUUUGGGUUGGUGGCCUUGGUCCAAGUACUUCCCUAGCUGCUCUUGCUAGGGAGUUUGAUCGUUUUGGUAGCAUUAGGACUAUUGAUUACGUAAAGGGGGACAGUUUUGCCUAUAUUCAGUACGAGAGUUUGGAUGCCGCUCAAGCUGCCUGUGCACAAAUGAGAGGCUUCCCUUUGGGCGGUCCAGACAGGAGACUUAGAGUGGAUUUUGCUAAAGCUGAGGAGGCCCGCUAUCCUCAGCAGUACCAACCUGCACCACUUCCUGUACACUAUGAAUUACUCCCUGAAGGCUAUAGCAGACACAGGAGCCUGGAGCAAGACUUAAGGGUGAGGGAUAGGACUCCUCCUCAUCUCCUUUACUCAGACAGGGAAAGGAGCUUUCUAGAGGCCGAUUGGGCCAGCUCUGUCAAAAAUGCAGAGCGCAGAAAUAAUUUGGAGGCAUACAGUCGUUCAGCACGCAGCAGGAGUGGAGAACGUUGGGGCAGCGAUAGUGAUCGCAGUGUUCUCAAGCCCUGGGAGGAAAGGCGUAAACGACGUAGCCUUUCCAAUGACCGUGGGCGGACUACUCAUUCGCCAUAUGAGGAGAGAGCCAGGACAAAGACUGGUGGGCCAGGAGCAGAUCGCAGCCCAGAUCGGGUUCGGAAGGAGAAUCACACUACAGAAUCUACCACAGAGAAAGAACAAAACAACUCGCUGCAGAAUAAUCGACAUGCAUUAGAGGAGAAACCUCACCGUGAAACUUCGGAUCCUCCUCAGCCUAAAAAAAGAGAUAGUGAACGCAAUCACCGAACUGGUGAGUCUGAAUCAAAGGCUCAUGAAGAGCCCAAAUCUGAAACAAAGAAGUUAAAAACGUUAUCCGAUUAUGCCCAUACCCUGCAGCUUGCUUGGAAUGGGCUACUUGUCCUUAAAAACAGCUGCUUCCCUACAUCUAUGCACAUCCUUGAAGGAGAUUUGGGAGUCAUCAACGGGCUUCUGAAAGACCAUUUGUCUGGUGGAAAGCUAACACAGCUUAAGAUUGCUCAGAGACUUCGGUUGGAUCAACCCAAACUGGAUGAAGUAACUCGACGUAUCAAGCAAGGGAGCCCUAAUGGCUACGCUGUGUUACUAGCUACCCAGGCUGCUCAAGGGGCAAGUGCUGAAGGGACCUUCCCAGUGGCGGAGCCUGGCUUACAAAGACGGCUUCUCAGGAACCUGGUCUCUUACUUGAAACAAAAGCAGGCUGCAGGAGUCAUCAGCCUUCCUGUGGGAGGGGCAAAGGGCAGGGACAGCACAGGCAUGCUUUAUGCUUUUCCUCCUUGUGAAUUUUCUCAGCAGUACCUCCAGUCCGCACUAAGAACAUUGGGAAAGUUAGAAGAAGAACAUAUGGUGAUAGUGAUAGUCAAAGACACUGCCUAGUAUUUACUCUGUAUCCAUUUUCUCUUUAUCCCCUUGUUCCGAUUCUGUGUUUUCUUUAUGUCUCACACUGCCUGGUUGCUUUUAAGGCCAAUUAUUUUGAGUGAGGCCCUUAGAGUCCUCCCACCAAAUUCUACAAUUGUAUUAGUUUCUAAUAUUUUUAAUACCCAUUUUAAUGAAUCCCAUUUUGUUUUACUACGUGACACUGUCUGCCGUGUUCUUAUUUUUUAAAAAUAUAUGGAAAGUUGUCAGUAAAGCCUUGUUCGCUGAUGGAUUUUUUUAAUUUUGUGCAGUGUCCUGGUUUCUGUAGUCUGCCAGUGGCUGGCUCUGUGUUCCAGAAUAUAACAGCUAAUGACUUUACCAAAUUCAGUUCUUCCACUCUACUGCUAUUUAACACUAUUAUGCCAGUUUUGUGCUCCCUUUAUUUCUUCAAUAACUGAAGCCUGGUUGCUUCUUUCCUCAGUGGUAGGUAGCUAGUGCUUUUUUUUUUUUUUUCUUCUCAAAGACAAAAGUCAGUGUAUCCUUCAGACCAACCUUUUCCUGGUGGAUGAAAGCUUUUAAGGUGGUCUUAGCCAAAGAACAGCUGUGUAAAACUUAAAAGCUUCAGUUAAUUCUCUGCAACUCUUGGUGCAAUAAAAAAAAUAUGAGGCACCUUGGGGGCUUUUUUCUUCCUCUUGAUUGUGUUGAUUGUUGGAUUGAUUAUAAUAUUGCAAACUGAAAGCUGUUCUUAAAUAUCCUGUCUAGUAAUAAUUAUGGGCUUCUCAGGAAGACAAAUAACCAGGCACUUGAGUAGGACCUGAUAACAACAUCUACGUGAUUGUGUUGUUCAGCUCCUUCAUCAGUUAAUACAGCAAAAAUAAAAGACAAAACUUGACAAAUUGCCUGCUUAUAGUGUUUGUACUAUCUUAUAUAAUAUCAAAUUCUAAAUUGCAUCCCUUUUUAUAUCCAAGGGGGCUAGGCAAAUGUAUGUGCUACUUGGAUGUAUUCUGAAGCACUCUUAUCACAAUUGUACAAAUGCAGGAUAUAGUUUGUCUAUACCCUUUACCACAGACAAUUAUGUUGUACGUAAUGCAUAUACAUCUAUUUUACCUUAGACUGGAAAUUGUAAUUGCAAAUGAAUUCGCAUAUAACUAUUGCUGGAAUAUACUACUUUCAUAGGUUUUUGUGAAGUAGUCCCGUGAGGACCGUCAUGUAUAUUCUUUUUAAAAAGCAUGUAAUGAAAUUCUCCCCCUUCUACAGCCAGGUUAGCUCCCUUGUGUCUAACUUACGCAAUUAAUAAAUAGCUGUAAACCUA